GAAGAAGGAAAAAAAAGAAAUGUAUUCAGACGAAAGAACAAGUUUCCAGAGCAAAGCAACAGUUGAGCCAAUAAUAAACACACAACACAAAGGGAAGCCGAUACUUGUCGCCAGUCUCUCUGUUCGUCAUCACGACCGUUCCGCGAAGAUCUGAGGACAAAAGCAAUCUCCUUCAACCUCAAUUAAUCAAAAGCAUUCCAGCAAAUCAAUACAUAUAUAAAUAAAAUUAGAGGCUUUCCGUGAGGUUGAUGUUCUUCUCUUUGUUUCUUUGUAUUCUCAUUUUGAUUUCCGUAAAGGCACUUAGGUAUCAACAUGAACAACUCACAUCCUGGUGAUGAUCAUGAGGACACAACGGUUGCCGGAUUUGAAGUACCUGUAUCGCCGGUUUCAAGUUACAACAAUGUGUAUUCCGCAACCGAAGACGAGACAAGAGACCCUCCAGCUGUACCCCCACAUCUUCAACACUCUCUGUUAGGCCAUACAGGCAGCACGGAAUUGCCUUGUGCACCACAGAGUGUCGUCCUCAACCAUCUCUAUAUCGAAAACCGUGACCCACCAAGAUCCGUCGUAGCGCUUGGUUUCUCGCAUCGGUUCAGGUCUAAGUAUGUCACUGUUGUGAUAUACAAGCCGGUCCAAAGAAGAGGAAACGCCAACGUUUAAUUAUAUGAUGAUGCAUCUUCUUAAUAGUGUUGGAAUCUUGCUUCUUUGUGGAUUCAGUUUGGUAUAUGCAAAAAACCAGCUGGUCCGGACUAAAUUGUGUCUCAGUUUAGGGAAUUCGAUUGAAAUCAUCUUUGUCUGGACGUUUAUAUAAAAUGUUCCUGCGCUGUUUGUAACAACUCGCUUUAGGUUUGGUUGUUUAACCGAAUCCACAUACAUAUCUCUAUUGACGAUAUGCAUUUAAUUAUGUUCACAUA